AUGAUCAAUCUCCUCGGUAAAGAACUAAAAAAAGAACGAGAACAACAACUAAAAUAUGUAGUUCUAACCAUUAUUAUAGGAGUUGGUUUUUACUUCUUAGUUUACUUACCAGAACAACAAAGACAACAAUUAGAAAUGACUAUUCAAGCAACCAUUAAACAAGUAUCCACUGCUCAACCUAAAGAUUACUCUGCUUUACUCACUACUUGCCAAAACUAUCUAAAUUUUGAAAAGACCCUUAAUGAAAUGGGCGGGGAAGAAAAUGUUACUAUUUUUGAUAAAGUAGUUAUUAAUCCAACACGUGGUGAACCAGAUCCAGUUACUGAAAAAGAUAAUAAUGCUUUAUUCUACGGAACAGGCGGAACUGGAAAAACUUCUAUAGUGAGAAAAUUGGCUUAUGAGUCCGAUAUAUAUCCUCUCAUUGAGAUAAAAGGUUCAAACUUAACUCCACGCAAGGAAGAUAAUGAGAUAGGAAUUGAUCCUUUAAACAAAUUUAUCUUUACUCUUUGUGAUAUAGAAAACGUAUUAGAAGACGAUUAUGGAUUUUCAAAAGAUGUUGCUAAUAAUGAAGUUCGUUAUAUCCUUUUUGUAGAUGAAGCAGAUAAUAUCAGCACACAUAAUGCUAUCAUAGAAUACACUAAAUUAAUAUUCUUAAAGUCAUAUCCUCCUGUUUAUCGUCCAGGGGAUUUUAAACAAGAGACUGGUAGAUUGCCGGAAGUUAAAAAGGAAAGUGCUACUAAAGAGAAACCAACUCAACCUGGCAUCAAAAUCGGAGAAAUUAAACAAUUACCGCACUUCUAUGGAAAGUAUGAGAAACCUAAAAAACCCACCACCGAAGAAAUCAUGCCAAGCAUUACUGAAUCCAUUGAUGUGCGUUUAAAGGAAUUAACAGAACAGUUGAAACAAACUAAAGAAGAAAUGUCAUUGCAAAGGAACCAGUAUAUAGGAGAGUUUAAUCAAAAUAUUAGCAAACUAUCAAUAACUUUAGGAGAAAUAUACGCCGUUGGCGAUAUUACUGGUGCUUUACUAGCCGCUCCUACUUUUGGAGCGAGUAUGGUUUUAAGCCCUACUGCCCGAGGACUAGUUGGAAAUGUCCUUGGUGGUAGUGGUGAUGAUGGCAACGAUACUGAUAAUAAACUAAAGCAAUGA